CGGCUCUCGCGGUCGCCGCCAGAAGGAGGCCCCUCCGCGCGCGAGAACACCGCGCCCGCGUCCACGCGUGCUCGCGGCCGCGAAUCACUUGGAUCUGAGUCACCCACCGGUUUCUGACUUCGGCUGUGCAAAUGCUCCUGGACGUCUGAACCGACCGAGCGACUGACGGGACUGCUUGCACGACUGGCGCCAAACGGAGUCAUCCCUGCCCUGCGCCCUUUUGGGGGUUAUGGUGCGGGUGCUUGAGUAGCGACCAAGACCAGGAGGCCCCACCAGUGACCUCGCGGGCCGCGCCACGACCGCCAGGAUGUCCGCGGACCGCCUCAACAACGGCCUGGAGAUGGAGGAGCUCGAGCGGAGGACCCGCUUCCAGGUCAACCGGGUGGACUCCUCCAACGCCAAGAACGCCGAGCUGGAGAAGCUGUGCGACGACGAGGACCGCGUCGAGAUCCGGUCGAGGACGGGGACCACGGCCCAGGACGACGGCCGCCCCACCUCGGGCGACACCAACAACUACGACACGCGCAACGCCAAGAGCUUCCGCCAGCUGACGCGGGAGGCGCUGCCGCGCCUGGACAACUACCGGAACAUCAUGUCCAUCCAGGCCGUGUACCGGCCCACCAUGGAGGAGCUGCACAACGCCACGCUCACGGCCAAGUCUGCUGGUGCUACUUUGAAAGCAAACGGACCAAAUGGGCUGAUUGAUGGAGGCACGGUAAAAUUUGGAUGGAUAGUUGGUGUCCUCAUAAGAUGUCUCCUAAAUAUUUGGGGAGUCAUGCUUUUCCUUCGACUCACAUGGGUUGUUGGAGAGGCAGGAAUUGGCCAAGGAGUCCUUUUAAUCAUCUCUACCACAAUUGUCACUACUAUCACUGCUCUGUCAAUGUCAGCCAUCAGUACCAAUGGCGAAAUCAAAGGCGGUGGUACCUACUACAUGAUUUCACGAUCACUAGGCCCUGAAUUUGGUGGGUCCAUUGGAUUGAUAUUUUCUCUGGCCAAUGCUGUGGCUUGUGCUAUGUACGUUGUCGGCUUCUGUGAAUCUUUAAGAGACUUGCUGCAUUCAUUUGAUGUACAAAUUGUUGAUGGUGGCACUCAGGAUGUGAGAAUAGUUGGUUCUAUCACAAUGCUGUUACUGACAGGUAUUGUUGUGAUUGGCAUGGAAUGGGAAGCUAAGGCUCAAUUUGUAUUGUUAAUAAUUUUGUUGGUUGCUAUUGGUGAUUUUUUUAUUGGAGCACUUAUUGGGCCUAUUUCUGAUGAAGACAAAGCUCGUGGUUUCACUGGAUUUUCUGUUGAUACAAUAUCAUCAAAUUUCCUCUCUGAUUAUCGUAUUCAGAAAGGAGAGCAGCACAACUUCUUUUCAGUUUUUGCCAUUUUCUUCCCUGCCGCUACGGGGAUUCUAGCUGGAGCUAAUAUAUCAGGAGACUUGAAGGAUCCUCAGGGUGCCAUCCCCAAAGGAACACUUCUUUCAAUUGUCCUCACUUCUCUCUCAUACAUUCUAAUAGCAAUUGUUGCUGGGGCUGUUGUUUUAAGGGAUGCCAGUGGAGAUGUUUCUGAACUUCUCAACGGAACUUUUGCAAAUUGUGCAAACCGCACGUGCAUGUAUGGCCUUCAGAACAAUUUCCAGGUUGUGGAGAUGGUAUCAGCAUUUGGGCCACUCAUUUAUGCUGGCUGCUUUGCUGCAACUCUGUCAUCAGCACUUGCCAGCUUGGUGUCUGCCCCAAAAGUCUUCCAGGCUCUUUGCAAAGACAGGUUGUACCCAUACAUUUUCUGGUUUUCCAAAGGCUUUGGUAAAAAUAACGAGCCUGUGCGUGGAUAUGUCCUCACUUUUAUCAUUGCCAUUGUAUUCAUUCUCAUCGGUGAACUUGACGCUAUUGCUCCUCUUAUAUCAAACUUUUUCCUUGCUGCAUAUGCCUUGAUUAACUUCAGUACAUUCCAUGCAUCUCUUGCAAAGCCUGUUGGUUGGCGUCCAACAUUCAAGUUCUACAACAUGUGGCUGUCACUUCUUGGGGCUGUGCUUUGUGUGUCUGUUAUGUUUUUGAUUAGCUGGUCUACUGCUCUGAUUACUUUAGGCAUUGUUUUGGCACUCUACUUAAUUGUGUCACAUAGAAAACCUGAUGUGAACUGGGGCUCUACAACACAAGCACAGACUUACAAAAAUGCAUUGAACUCAGUUCAACAAUUGAACUAUGUCGAAGAUCAUGUAAAAAAUUACCGUCCUCAGAUUCUUAUUCUCAGUGGCAUGCCCAACUACCGCCCACCUCUUAUUGACUUUGCUUUCCUCAUGACAAAGAAUCUUUCACUCCUUAUUUGUGGCCAUAUUGUAAAGAGCUCAGUACCUCAGCGAGUUCGCAAUGCUUUAACAUUUAAAGCUCACAAUUGGCUUAGGGCUCACAAAAUUAGAGCUUUUUAUUCGCAUAUUGAUGAAUCUUCCUUUGAAGAAGGAGCCAGAGCCUUAAUCCAAGCAUCUGGUGUUGGAAAACUACGGCACAUCCUCCUCAUGGGCUUUAAAAGUGAUUGGUCCACUUGUGAAUCAGAGGAACUUUCCAUGUACUUCAACACAAUGCACAAAGCGCUGGACUUACACAUGGCUGUGGCUGUUUUAAGAGUAGAGGGGGGCUUGGACUAUUCUAAAAUCUUAUCUGAGACAGAAGAGCCUCGUCAGAAUGGAAACAUACCUCAAGUAUCAUCAGUUGUAGGAAUGUCUGCACCAGGAAGCUGUAACAGGACUCGACAAAACUCACAAGAGUCUCUCUCCAUUCCACAUAAUCAAUCGUUUUCUCAACUGUCCACUGCAAGCAGUGUCAGUGAUUUGUCAUCUCCCCCAACACCCAACAUGAACAAAUCUCGAGUAAGUGGCAGUCCAAAUGCCGAUGAUACUGAUGGAACUCCUGAACAUGAUGAAAAACUCUCUAAAAAGGAGAAAAAGAAGCGUGAUUCAAAUGCUGAUCUUUACAAGGGAGCUGGUGAUGUUGAUCUGCCCAAAGACGUUUUGAAUAGUUUAACAAGAUUUCAGCGCAAGCAGAAGAAAGGAACAAUUGAUGUGUGGUGGUUAUAUGAUGAUGGAGGUCUUACACUCCUCUUGCCUUAUAUUAUCACAACAAGAGGAAACUGGUCUGACUGCAAGCUGAGAGUCUUUACUUUGGCUAAUAAAUCUGCUGAGCUAGAGUAUGAACAAAGGAGCAUGGCGAGUUUGUUAGCUAAGUUCCGAAUUGACUACUCGGCUCUUAAGCUCAUUCCUGACAUCACUAAGAAACCAAAAGAUUCAACAGUGUCAUUCUUUGAUGACUUGAUUUCUCCAUUUAAGAUUCCAGAGUCUGAAGACGACAAUGAGAGUAAAUUAGGUAUUACUGAGGCAGAUCUCCUUGCUAUGAAAGAUAAGACAAACAGACAUCUACGAUUGCGUGAACUUUUACAAGAGCAUUCAAGUGAAGCAAAUCUGGUUGUGAUGACCCUCCCAAUGCCCAGGAAAAAUGUGGUGUCAGCAUCGCUUUACAUGGCAUGGCUAGAAGUUCUGACCAAAGACAUGCCCCCAUUCCUGUUAGUGCGUGGAAAUCAGACAUCCGUUCUCACUUUUUAUUCUUGAUCAAAAUAAGAUUGAUGUCAUCUUGAAUGUUUCCGUCCAGAUAUGCCCAAUAUUUGUUGGAAAGUUGUAGUUUGUGACAACAUGGGUUUGUUUUACCUGUAAAGGAUAGUUAGACUUUGUGAAAGGAAUUCUAUCAGUUGUGAUGCUUGGGAAAUACCACUGUUAUAAAUUGUAAGCACAAUGCUAUUCAAAAAAUUUUGAUAACGGUUAAAAAUGUUUUGAAGUCAAGAAACUGUGUAGACGUUUCAGGUAGGCCCUGGUGUAAUAUUGAAUGACCAUCAGACAGGGUGUAUGGGACCAAAUUUAUGUUGAUUAGCUUGUAAUUAAUGAACAUAUAGCAAAAAUAGAAUGCUAGGAGAUAUUGAUAAUAAUUAAGUGUCCUGUUACUUUGUUAAUUUUUCCUUGAGUGGGAAGUAUUUUUGCAGUAUUUGUAAGUUGAUAUAUCAUAGGCAAGAAGCAGAAUAAACAGUUUAAAGCAAAAA